AUGUCUGCCACAGCCCCAUUCACCUUCACUAUGAGGGGAAUCAUACUUGCGCUAGUGCUCACCCUUGUAGGUAGUCAGAAGUUUGACAUUGACCCUGGAUUCAGUAGCAGAAAGAGCUACUUGUACAGUUAUGAAGGCUGGGUGUUGAAUGGGCUUCAAGAGAAGAAUUUAGCCAAAGCCGGCGUGCGCCUGAGCUGCCAGCUAGAGAUCAGCGGGCUGUCGGAGAACAUCUACCUCCUCAAGAUCCGCUCCCCACAACUGGAGGAAUACAAUGGCAUCUGGCCCAGGGACCCAUUCACUCGAUCUUCCAAGAUCACCCAGACGGUUUCCUCAUGCCUUACCAGGCCCUUCAAGUUUGAAUACAGCAGUGGACGAGUUGGAAACAUUUACGGCCCAGAAAACUGCCCUGACACUUGCAUUAACAUAGUGAGAGGAAUACUGAACAUGAUACAGAUAACAAUUAAGAAGUCACAGAAUGUGUAUGAAUUGCAAGAGGCUGGGAUUGGAGGUGUUUGCCAUACAAGGUAUGUCAUCCAGGAAGACAAGAAGAACAGCCGAGUCUCUGUUACCAAAACUGUAGACCAAAAUAAUUGCCAGGAAAAAGUGGUGAAGAGUCUUGGAAUGGCUUACAUCUAUCCCUGCCCUGUCGACGUGAUGAAAGAAAGGAUCAUCAAGGGGACUGCGGCUUUCUCCUACAAGCUGAAGCAGUCAGACAGUGGUACCCUGAUCACAGAGGCAGUGUCUCAGCAGGUGUAUCAGAUCUCACCAUUCAGUGAACCCACCGGCGUCGCUGUCACGGAAGCAAAACAGCAACUCACCUUGCUGGAGGUGAAGAGUGAAUGGGGGAGCUCCCCAGACAUCUCCAUGCAGAGCUACGGAGGCCUUCGAUACCAGUUCCCAGCAGUACUGCCACAGAUGUCAGUGCAGCUCAUCAAGACCAAAAACCCCGAGCAACGGAUAAUCGAAACACUGCAACACAUAGUCCUGAAUAACCAACAAGAUUUCCAUGAUGAUCUUCCCUACCGUUUCCUGGAGCUCGUCCAGCUCUGCAAGCUGACAAGCGCUGACACCCUUGAAUCCAUCUGGAGACAAUGUUCAGAUAAACCCCGCUACAGACGAUGGCUGCUGAGUGCAGUUUCUGCGACGGGCACCGCAGAAGCUCUCAAGUUCAUUAAGAGCAGAAUCCGCAGCGACGACCUUAGCUACCUUCAGGCUCUUCUGAGUGUUCCCUUUGCUCUCCAUUUAACAAAAGCUGAUGAACACACUGUUCCAAUAGCAGCAGAUUUAGUGACAAGUUCUCGAAUCCAGAAAAAUCCCAUACUUCAACAACUUGCCAGCUUAGGAUACAGUUCUGUGGUGAAUAGAUACUGUUCUCAGACCUCAGCUUGUCCUAAAGAAGCUCUCCAGCCCAUCCAUGACCUGGCAGAUGAAGCAAUCAGCAGGGGCCGUGAGGACAAAAUGAAAUUAGCUCUGAAAUGCAUUGGCAACAUAGGAGAGCCAGCCAGCAUCAAGCGCAUCCUCAAGUUCCUUCCCAUAUUUUCAUCCAGUGCUUCUGACAUCCCCAUCCACAUUCAGAUUGAUGCCAUCAUGGCCUUGAGAAAAAUUGCUUGGAAGGACUGCAAAUCAGUGCAGGGAUAUCUCAUCCAGAUCCUUGCUGACGAGUCGCUUUCCCCUGAAGUGCGGAUGAUGGCUUGUGCUGUUAUCUUUGAGACAAGGCCUGCCCUUCCCUUGAUAACAACCAUUGCCAACGUGGCCAUGAAGGAGAGCAAUUUGCAAGUGGCCAGUUUUGUGUAUUCCCACAUGAAGGCUUUGUCCAAGAGCAGAUUGCCAUACACGUAUAACAUAUCUUCAGCUUGCAAUAUUGCCCUUAAGCUGCUGGCCCCCAAAUUGGACAGGCUGAGCUAUCGCUACAGCAAGGUCAUACGUAUUGGUGGUUACUUUGAUAACUAUAAAGUUGGUGCUGCUGGAGAUGUCCUUGUUAUGAACAGCCCAGGAACGAUGUUCCCAUCAGCAAUCAUUUCCAAGCUGAUGGCAUAUUCUGCAGGGUCGGUGGCUGAUUUGGUGGAGGCUGGUGUCCGUGUGGAAGGCCUCACAGAUGUCAUCAUGAAACGAAAUAUCCCAUUUGCUGAAUAUUCCACCUACAAAAAGAUAAAGGAGAUUGGAAAAGCUCUGCUGGGAUGGAAGGAGCUGCCAACAGAAACCCCCUUGAUAUCAGCCUACUUUAAACUCUUUGGCCAAGAGCUGGCCUACAUCAACAUCAAUAAGGAAGUCCUACAACAGGCUGUGAAGGCUGUUGUGGAGCCUGCUGACAGGAGCACGCUGCUGAAGAGGCUGGCUGCCCAGCUGCGCGGCGGCGUGACGGCGCAGUGGACGCAGCCGCUGUGGCUGGGAGAGCUGCGCUACAUCGUCCCCACCUGCACCGGGCUGCCCCUGGAAUACAGCUCCUACAGCACUGCCCUGGCCCGGGCUGCAGUCAGCGUUGAUGGAAAGAUAACUCCCCCUUUAACUGGAGAUUUUAGGCCUUCACAGUUGCUCGAAUCCACUGUGCAGAUCCGUUCUGACAUAAACCCCAGCUUAUACAUACAGAAAUUUGCAACAAUGGGUGUCAACACAGAAUACUUCCAACAAGCUGUGGAAAUUCAAGGCAAGGUCCUGACGAGAGUGCCAAUGAAGUUUGAUGCCAAGAUAGACAUGAAGCUGAAAAAUAUUAAGAUUGAAACAAAUCCAUGCAAUGAGGAAACUGAGCUAGUGGUUGGAAGACAUAAGGCUUUUGCUGUAUCAAGAAAUUUAGGAGAGCUAGGUGUUGAAAAGAGAACCGCAAUUCUCCCAGGAGAUGCUUCAUCAAAUAUUGUGGAAGAACCUUUCAAACCAUCAGAUAGAGCUUCCGGUGAAGAUUUCACAAAGCCCGAAGCUGACAGCACGUCAGGGAAACGUGCCUAUAGCUCUCAAGAGGAUCUUCGCCACGUCACGGGAAGAAAAGCUCACAAACGAGACAUUUGCAUCAAGCUGCAUCACCUUGGCUGUCAGCUCUGCUUUUCCAGAAGGUCACGAGAUGCCAGCUUCCUGAAAAACACCUUUUUGCACAGACUCAUCGGAGAACACGAAGCUAAAAUAGUCUUGAUCCCAGUUGAUUCAGAUGCUGAUAUUGACAAAAUUCAGCUGGAGAUUCAGGCAGGAUCCAGAGCAGCUUCCAAAAUAAUUCGUGAAGUAAACGCGGAGUCAGAGGAAGAGGGUGAAUCAUCUCUGUAUGAGGACAUUCAAGCUAAACUGAAGAAGAUUCUAGGCAUUGAAAAUGUGUUCAAGAUUGCAAAUAAAACACGACACCAGAAGAAGAGACCUUCAAAGAAAGAAAACACUGUGCUUACAGAGCUUGGGGCAGACCCUGAUAUAAAACAUCCCUCCAGCUCAUCUUCUGCCUCCUCAGCUGUCUCCUCUUCCUCAUCAUCUGCUGUUUCUCCUCGUCGUAAAGAGGCUGGUGCUGGAGAUGAGAAUAAUGAAGAAGACCAAGCGAGGAACCAAGAUGCAAGCAGCAAGAGCAGCAGCAGCAGUGGCAGAAGUAACAAGAGCAGCAAGAGCAGCAGUAGCAGCAGUGACAGAAGUAGCAAGAGCAGUAGCAGUGGCAAAAGCAGCAGUAGUAGCAGUGGCAGAAGCAGCAAGAGUAGCAGUAGUAGCAGCAGAAGUAGCAAGAGCAGCAGCAGUAGCAGCAGUAGUGACAGAAGUAGCAAGAGCAGCAGCAGCAGUGACAGAAGCAGCAAGAGUAGUAGCAGCAGUAGUAGCAAGAGCAGCAGCAGCAGCAGUGACAGAAGCAGCAAGAGCAGCAGCAGCAGCAGUGACAGAAGUAGCAAGAGCAGCAGCAGUAGCAGUGACAGAAGCAGUAGUAGCAGCAGCAAAAGCAGUAGUAGCAGCAGCAAAAGCAGUAGUAGCAGCAGCAAAAGCAGUAGCAGUAGCAGCAGUAGCAGCAGCAGGAAGUCCUCAAGUCAUAGCCAUGGGCAUCACUCGAGGCAUGCGAAUGGCAGCAGCAGCAGCAGCAGCGAGUCACUGAGCCACCAUAGCCAUGAACAUCAUUCAGGACACCUGGAAGGUGGCAGCAGCAGCAGCAGUGCAUAUUCCAAAAUAUGGGAAGCUCAUGAGAUUUAUCAGUACCGCUUUAAAUCAGCACACAGACAAGAGUUCCCAAAAAGAAAACUCCCAGAUGACCAAACUGACAGCUCACAUUCCUCUGCCAGAUCCAGUCAUGCCUCAUCUCGAGCUUCAUGGCCAAAGUUUUUGGGAGAUGUUAAAACACCAGUAUUAGCAGUUUUUCUGCAUGGCAUCCGUGACGAUAAGAAGGUAGGAGGCCUCCAGCUCGUGGUAUAUGCUGAUAUUGACUCCAUCAGGCCCCGGCUGCAGGUAUUUGUGUCAAACCUCACAGAUUCAAGCAAGUGGAAGCUCUGUGCUGAUGCUUCAGUCCACAAUGCUCACAAGGCAAAGGCUUACCUGAAAUGGGGACGGAAUUGCCAGGACUACAAGGUUUCAUCUGAGCUGGUAACUGGGCAGUUUGCUGCCCACCCUGCUGUACAAGUGAAACUGGAAUGGCCCAAAGUUCCUUCCAGUAUCAGAUCCGUCGCAGAAUGGUUUUACAAGUUUGUCCCUGGGGCUGCAUUUAUGCUGGGGUUCUCAGAAAAAACAGACCAGAAUCCUUCUCGACAAGCCAGGGUGAUCGUGGCUCUAACUUCUCCAAGGACAUGUGAUGUUGUUAUCAAGCUUCCUGAUAUUACCCUCUAUGAAAAAGCCAUGAGGCUUCCCCUGUCACUUCCUGUAGGUCCAAGGAUAUCCACAUCAGAGCUGCAGCCUCCCAUCUGGAAUGUCUUUGCUGAAGCCCCUUCUGCAGUGCUUAAGAAUUUGAAAGCUCAAUGCUCAGUUUCCUACGACAAAGUCACAACUUUUAAUGAAGUUCGGUUUAACUACACAAUGCCAGCAAACUGCUACCACAUCUUGGCUCAGGAUUGCAGCUCUGACCUUAAGUUCCUGGUGAUGAUGAAGAAUGCAGAAGAAGCUGUGAACCUGAAAGCAAUCAACAUCAAGCUUGGCAAUCAUGAGGUCGAUAUGCGCCCUGCCGACGGACGGGUGAAGCUGCUGGUGGAUGGGGCUGAGAGCCCAACAAAUGUGUCAUUGACAUCUGCUGGUGCUUCUCUGUGGAUCCACAGUGAAAAUAAAGGGCUUGUACUUCUCGCCCCAGCCUAUGGCAUUGAUAAACUGUACUUUGAUGGAUACACAUUCAGGAUCCAAGUUGCUUUAUGGAUGGCAGGGAAAAUGUGUGGACUGUGUGGAAAAUAUGAUGCAGAAUGUGAACAGGAAUAUCGGAUGCCCAACGGAUAUGUAGCUAAAGACGCAGUGAGCUUUGGGCAUUCUUGGAUUUUGGAAGAAAGGCCUUGCAGAGGAGCCUGCAAGCUGCGGCACUCCUUUGUGAAGCUGGAGAGGUCGGUUCGGCUGGCCGGGGUCGAGUCCAGGUGCUACUCCACGGAGCCCGUGCUGCGCUGCACCAAGGGCUGCUCUCCCACCAAGACUGCUCCUGUCACCGUGGGCUUCCACUGCCUCCCUGCUGAUUCAGCCAGCAGCCUGACAGACAAGCAGAUGAAGUUUGACCAGAAGUCAGAGGAUAUGAAGGACACUGUUGAUGCACACAUAGCAUGUUCUUGUGAGGAUGAAAACUGCAGCACAUGAAGCUGUACCUUUGCAGCAUAGGAAAAAACAUAAAUACUUUCAUGUUUUUAUUGUGUGGUGUAAAAAACCUUGUCUUAAGGAAUAAUAGAUACUAAAUUAAGUACUCAAGGAUCUUGUAUGUGGAAUCUUCCUAAGUAAUUUAAAGUAUUAAAUGUAUUAUUGUAGAAACUGUUAUGAUUGCUCAUAAAUAUCUGAUUUCAUAAUAAAUCCAUGCAUGGAAAAAAUG